AUGAAGAUGAAGAAGAGUGCAGCUGUUUUUAUUCUUUUUCUGCUAUGCUCUUUGGCCAUGGUACAAUCUGAAUAUUCGCCAGUGUACAUAGGAUCUCAAGAAGGGUUCAAAGAAGCAGAUAAGAUAUCGUCAUUGCCAGGCCAACCCCUAGUUAAUUUUGAUCAGUUUUCUGGCUAUGUUACCAUUGAUCCCUCAGCUGGUCGAGCGUUUUUUUAUUAUUUUGCAGAGUCUGAAGAUCCUUCAAACAAGCCCCUUGUGCUCUGGAUAAAUGGAGGUCCAACUUGCUCCUCUUUAGGGAUUGGGGCAUUCGAAGAGAUAGGUCCAUUCAGAGUCAAUAGAAGUGGUAAAACUCUUGCGCAAAAUGAAUUCGCAUGGAACAACUUGGCGAACAUUCUAUUCCUGGAAUCCCCUGUUGGCGUUGGAUUUUCUUACUCUAACACAUCAUCCAAUGAUGUUAUUAGAGAUACAGAGGUGGCAUUAGACACCUAUGCUUUCUUGGUUAAUUGGUUGGAAAGAUUUCCAGAAUAUAAAACCAGAGACUCGUUCCUAGCUGGUGAAAGUUAUGCUGGCCAUUAUGUGCCUCAACUUGCUCAAUUAAUCCUCAACAACAACAAAAUCACUAACCAGACGAUUAUCAACUUAGCAGGAAUUGCUAUUGGGAAUCCAAACAUCGACUACGAAACAAGACUAUAUGGUUUAUAUGAUUAUCUUUCGCAACAUGCUCUUAUAUCAGAUGAAAUUCAUGAGGGAAUUGUUCUCAAUUGCAACUUUUCUUCGGUGGAUACUGUAACAGAAGACUGUAAAACAGUUACUAACCAAGCAAAGGAGGCUCGUGGCAAUACCUACUUAUAUGACCUUUAUGCUCCUUUAUGUACUUCAUUCUCACCUUCACCAUCGACACUGGAUUUCAAUCCAUGUGCUGAUCAGGAUGUACUCGUUUACCUGAACACUCCACAAGUCCAAGAAUCAAUUCAUGCAAAUGCAACUGCAUCAAUUCAAGGAACAUGUGGCUUGAGCUUAGAGUUUGACCAAUUUUUAGUACUAACAGUAUUGCCUGUCAUUCAAGAGCUGAUGACUGCCAAUAUCAGUGUUUGGAUCUUUAGUGGAGACACAGGCGGUGUGAUACCUGUAACAUCAGUUAAAUAUGCUAUAAAUCAACUUGGUCCACCAACCGUAAAGACUCCAUGGUAUCCUUGGUAUUCCCAGUGCGAGGUUGGCGGUUAUGUGGUUGAAUAUGAAAAUCUGAUUUUCUUGACAGUAAGAGGAGCAGGACAUUUUGUUCCAUAUUAUCAGCCCGCUCGUGCAGUUACCUUUUUCACUGCCUUCAUUGAAGGAAAACUUCCUUCUCCGCAGCAGAAAAAUUAA